UCCACAGCGGGGGGAGGUAACGUUUGUGGAUGUCUUCCAAACUGACUGAAACGUAAAAUGAUUCUACGGCUCUUAUGAGAUGUUGUUUUUAUUUGACGUGCCAUUCUCCGUGACUGGAUUGUAAAGGGGGAGACGAUGUCGGACGCCGAAUGUGCUCACAGUCCAGACCAGCUGAAUAAAUUCCAGAAAUUGACAGGCCGGCCGCCGCACGGUGUGACGUUAGCAGGGCAUCGCACACCACCUGCCCGCAGUGGGCACCGCUGCGUCGCUGACAACACUAACCUGUAUGUGUUUGGUGGGUACAACCCUGACUACGAUGAGUCAGGAGGCUCAGAAAAUGAAGACUAUCCACUUUUCAGGGAGCUAUGGAGGUAUCAUUUUGCAACAGGCUGCUGGCAGCAGAUCCGAACAGAGGGCUACAUGCCCACAGAGCUGGCAUCAAUGUCAGCUGUUUUGCACGGUAACAACCUCCUGGUGUUUGGGGGCACCGGAAUCCCCUUUGGUGAAAAUAAUGGCAACGACGUUCACGUUUGUAACGUGAAGUACAAACGAUGGUCGCUGCUCAACUGUCGAGGGAAGAAGCCCAACAGAAUCUAUGGACAGGCAAUGGUUAUUAUAAACGGCUUCCUGUACGUGUUUGGAGGGACAACAGGUUAUAUCUACAGCACAGACCUACACAGGCUGGACCUGACCACAAGAGAGUGGAUCCACCUUAAGCCCAACAACCCUCCCGAUGACCUGCCCGAGGAGCGAUAUAGGCAUGAAAUAGCACAUGAUGGACAGAGGAUCUAUAUUCUGGGAGGAGGAACUUCCUGGACAUCAUAUCCUUUAGAUAAGAUACAUGCUUAUAAUCUGGAAACCAAUUCCUGGGAGGAGAUUACAACUAAACCUCAUGAAAAGAUAGGCUAUCCUGCUCCUCGAAGGUGCCAUAGCUGCGUGCAGAUACGCAACGAUGUAUUUAUCUGUGGAGGCUACAAUGGGGAAUUGAUAUUAGCUGAUCUGUGGAAAAUCAACCUUCAGACUUUCCAGUGGAGCAAACUACCAGCAGUGAUGCCCGAGCCAGCCUACUUUCACUGUGCUGCUGUUACCCCAGCUGGCUGCAUGUACAUCCAUGGUGGUGUGGUGAACAUCCAUGAGAACAAGAGAACUGGCUCUCUGUUCAAGAUCUGGCUGACUGUGCCCAGCCUGUUGGAGCUAUGCUGGGAGAAGCUCCUCAAGGCCUUUCCCCACCUUUCUUCACUCCCCACCAUGCAGCUGCUCAACCUGGGCCUCACACAGGAACUCACUGAACGUUUGAAAUAGACUUAGCGGAGCAAGAACACGUAAAAUGGAAGGGACAGCGAGGAGAGCGGCUCAGUACAAAAUUGAAUUCACAGGAAGUCUUAGGGUGACCCAAGCCCCGCCCUGCCCUCCCGCCUGACGUAGCCUCGCCUUAAAACCAAAAACAAUGGGAUGCCUUUUUCUUUUGUUUUUCUUCCUUUUUUUUUAUAGUUAAAGUGAUGAAGAACAGAGUAUAUGUGGAAUGUUUUAUGGAUUUUACUCAAGACCCUGUCCCCCCCCACUGGUCCCUGCACUUGUGUCAAACUAAUACAGUCAUGGUUUUCAUCAAACAGCUGGAAAUGGUUUAUUUUGCCCCAGCAUGAAGUCAAACACUGUUUUCUCCCAUUGUUUGUUUGUUUGUUUGUUUGUUUGUUUGUUUUUUGUCCAAAUCGGCAUUAUCUGGUAAUUUUAAAAGUUCAGUGUGAAUGACGAAUGCAUGUAUAUUAAAAUGAAAUCACUUUUUAUGGGGGAGGGUGGGGUAGCUUCGUGAACUGAUGUUGCAGUUUGCACAUUUUUGUCUUACACAUUUGUGGACAUUUGGUUUUUUGUUUUUGUCAUCUUUAAAAAAAAAAAAAUUCUUCAUGCAGAGGCGACGAUAGUAUUGACAUCAGUCUGAAACAGUGGCAGAUGGUGGUUUGAACCAUGGCGGUGUUUUUUGCACAUUUUAGCCAAUUUAAUACAAUUCCCUAUCUAAUAUAUAAUUUUCAUUUCUACUGACCUGUUGUAGAGUUUUAGAUUAUUGUGAAUGUUUUUGUGACUUCCUCACUGGCCUUUUUAUUUCACUUUACUCUCUAAGGUUCAUUGAUCAGCCAAUUACAAUAACCUUUCUCUGAGCUUUUAAUGUCAAAGUGGAUCAUUGCAUAACUUUGACUGUAAGUAAUCUUAAAUUUCCAGUUUCUCCAAAUUAUUUUUAUAUCUUAAAAAACAAAAAGACAUGCCAUCUGCCUGGGAUAUAAAAGCAUUCAAAUCCUAAAAAAUGAAAUUAGUGCAUGCCGUGAAAAGAGUCUUAUGUUAUUUGUGGUGAAUUGCCUAAAACAUGCAGAAACACUGUGCUGUUCAUUGGCAUGUAAGGAAGUUUUAAAUGCUGGUUUUGCCUGUGUCUGGACCUCUGUAGUUCCUGUAUUGUUCAUUAUACAUCAUAUUGCAGCCUAGUCUGGAGAUGAAAUUGAAGCGAGGUGGGUAUGUUCAAGAUAAUUUAUUAUUUUCUUUCCCUUUUCAUUGUGUUUGCUUGCAGGUUUCAUUUGUAAACCAAACCAUGCUACACAUCACUGUGAAUUUGGUGCUUAAAAAAAAAAAAAUAUAUAUAUAUAUCUAUAUAUAGAUAUAUUUAAGAUGAUUAUAUUUGAAUAAAGACUUGAUUCUGUUUAAAAUUUUACUCCCUCUUUGUUUAAGACACAUGAUGCACAGGGAGUUGCUUCAGUAGCAGGCUUACACGAACAUCUGUUUAUACUGCAGUGCCUUUCUCCCAAACUGAUAUUGAGGUUUGACAAAUAGAGGCAGAUAUUUGCAUGUUUAGACAAAAUUCUUAGACUUACAAGUAAAUUAAAAGUCCCAUAAUUGCAUAUUGUGACAUGUUGCUGGCCAAGAUUGUAAUUUUAUAUCCUGUAAUCUUAAAAACCAAGUGUUUAAAUAAAAUAUGUUCAUGUUUACAGAUGCCAAAUAAUAUUCACCUUCAAAAUGUGAUUAUGACAAGAUCCCAUAUGUAUUUUUUAAUAUACAUAUGAUGGGAUGUUGCCAGAUGGUUUGGUCACAUAUGCAUGAGUCUGCCUGCAUUAUUUUUACCUUGUUCCUUUUUCUUCUGCUUUUCCCCCUUUGCUGUUCCAAAUUACUGAUGCAUGAUGUCAUUACCUGCUCCCCCCCCCCCCCCCCCUUUUUUUUUUAAUAACAUCAAAUCGUUACUUUGGGACACAGUUUUACAGGUGACCCCGAAAAUGUUGUACACUGGGCUUGUAUGAGUGUCGUGUUAAGAGGUCUCUAAAUAAAGGCGUUCUGUAAAGAG